GAAACAGUUCGGCGCCACUUACCAUCGCGAUUCCCUCGAUUCACCUCAUCAAAAAUGUUCCAAUACUUCCUCGUUCUAAGCAUUUUUGUCUUAGGAGUAAUCGGCAGUGAUCAACGAUGUCUCAAUCAAAAUAACAACGGCCAAACCGUUCAUCUACCACAUCCGACGAACUGUGGAAAAUUUCUAACCUGCGUUUGGGGUGAAGCUGUCGAACAGAGCUGUCCAGCCGGGCUACAUUGGAACAGCCACGGGAAUUACUGCGACUGGCCAUCAAACGUUAAUUGUGACUCCGCUGCAAAAGACCCGCCGUGUGUUUCCGGACAGUUAUCACCUCACGAAAAAGACUGUACGAAAUUCCACAUUUGUGUGCACGGGAAACAGUGGACGCUGGGUUGUCCGGCAGGAUUGCAUUUCAAUCCCAGUUUGAAUGUUUGUGACUUUCCAGCGAAUGCUAGUUGCCAGGUGCAAACAAGUACGACAGAGCAUAGUACUGUCGAAACAACAACUACGGUAACGGAAACAAGUUCGGUGGAAAGUACGGAACCGAGUUCUACAGAGCAGUCGGAGUCAUCAACUGAAGCAGUUUCUACAACUCCAGCAUCGCCUGCAGUGAGCUCAACCGAACCCGAACCGAGUUCCACUGAGCAGCCUGAGUCAUCUACUGCAGCAGAUUCCACAACUCCAGCAUCUUCCGCCGAGAGCUCAACCGAACCUGAACUGAGUUCCACUGAAGCUGAUUCCACAACUGCAGCAUCGCCCGCCGAGAGCUCUACCGAACCUGAACCGAGUUCCACUGAAGCUGAUUCCACAACUGCAGCAUCGCCCGCCGAGAGCUCAACCGAACCUGAACCGAGUUCCACUGAACAGCCUGAGUCAUCUACUGAAACAGAUUCCACAACUCCAGCAUCACCCGCCGAGAGCUCUACCGAACCUGAACCGAGUUCCACUGAAGCUGAUUCCACAACUGCAGCAUCGCCCGCCGAGAGCUCAACCGAACCUGAACCGAGUUCCACUGAAGCUGAUUCCACAACUGCAGCAUCGCCCGCCGAGAGCUCAACCGAACCUGAACCGAGUUCCACUGAACAGCCAGAGCCAUCUACUGAAGCAGAUUCCACAAGUGCAGCAUCACCCGCCGAAAGCUCAACCGAACCUGAACCGAGUUCCACUGAACAGCCUGAGUCAUCUACUGAAGCAGAUUCCACAACUCCAGCAUCACCCGCCGAGAGCUCUACCGAACCUGAACCGAGUUCCACUGAAGCUGAUUCCACAAGUGCAGCAUCACCCGCCGAGAGCUCAACCGAACCUGAACCGAGUUCCACUGAACAGCCUGAGGCAUCUACUGAAGCAGAUUCCACAACUCCAGCAUCACCCGCCGAGAGCUCUACCGAACCUGAACCGAGUUCCACUGAAGCUGAUUCCACAAGUGCAGCAUCACCCGCCGAGAGCUCAACCGAACCUGAACCGAGUUCCACUGAACAGCCAGAGUCAUCUACUGAAGCAGAUUCCACAACUCCAGCAUCACCCGCCGAGAGCUCUACCGAACCUGAACCGAGUUCCACUGAAGCUGAUUCCACAACUGCAGCAUCGUCCGCCGAGAGCUCUACCGAACCUGAACUGAGUUCCACAGAGCAGCCUGAGUCAUCUACUGAAGCAGAUUCCACAAGUGCAGCAUCACCCGCCGAGAGCUCAACCGAACCUGAACCGAGUUCCACUGAACAGCCUGAGUCAUCUACUGAAGCAGAUUCCACAACUCCAGCAUCACCCGCCGAGAGCUCUACCGAACCUGAACCGAGUUCCACUGAAGCUGAUUCCACAAGUGCAGCAUCACCCGCCGAGAGCUCAACCGAACCUGAACCGAGUUCCACUGAACAGCCAGAGCCAUCUACUGAAGCAGAUUCCACAAGUGCAGCAUCACCCGCCGAGAGCUCUACCGAACCUGAACCGAGUUCCACUGAAGCUGAUUCCACAACUGCAGCAUCGUCCGCCGAGAGCUCUACCGAACCUGAACCGAGUUCCACUGAGCAGCCUGAGUCAUCUACUGAAGCAGAUUCCACAACUCCAGCAUCACCCGCCGAGAGCUCUACCGAACCUGAACCGAGUUCCACUGAAGCUGAUUCCACAAGUGCAGCAUCACCCUCCGAGAGCUCAACCGAACCUGAACCGAGUUCCACUGAACAGCCUGAGUCAUCUACUGAAGCAGAUUCCACAACUCCAGCAUCACCCGCCGAGAGCUCAACCGAACCUGAACCGAGUUCCACUGAAGCUGAUUCCACAAGUGCAGCAUCACACUCCGAGAGCUCAACCGAACCUGAACUGAGUUCCACUGAACAACCUGAAUCAUCUACUGAAGCAGAUUCCACAACUCCAGCAUCACCCGCCGAGAGCUCUACCGAACCUGAACCGAGUUCCACUGAAGCUGAUUCCACAAGUGCAGCAUCGCCCGCUGAGAGCUCAACCGAUCCCGAACCGAGUUCCACUGAACAGCCUGAGUCAUCUACUGAACCAGAUUCCACAACUCCAGCAUCACCCGCCGAGAGCUCUACCGAACCUGAACCGAGUUCCACUGAAGCUGAUUCCACAAGUGCAGCAUCACCCGCCGAGAGCUCAACCGAACCUGAACCGAGUUCCACUGAACAGCCAGAGCCAUCUACUGAAGCAGAUUCCACAAGUGCAGCAUCACCCGCCGAGAGCUCUACCGAACCUGAACCGAGUUCCACUGAAGCUGAUUCCACAACUGCAGCAUCGUCCGCCGAGAGCUCUACCGAACCUGAACUGAGUUCCACAGAGCAGCCUGAGUCAUCUACUGAAGCAGAUUCCACAACUCCAGCAUCACCCGCCGAGAGCUCUACCGAACCUGAACCGAGUUCCACUGAACAGCCAGAGCCAUCUACUGAAGCAGAUUCCACAAGUGCAGCAUCACCCGCCGAGAGCUCAACCGAACCUGAACCGAGUUCCACUGAACAGCCUGAGUCAUCUACUGAAGCAGAUUCCACAACUCCAGCAUCACCCGCCGAGAGCUCUACCGAACCUGAACCGAGUUCCACUGAACAGCCAGAGCCAUCUACUGAAGCAGAUUCCACAAGUGCAGCAUCACCCGCCGAGAGCUCAACCGAACCUGAACCGAGUUCCACUGAACAGCCUGAGUCAUCUACUGAAGCAGAUUCCACAACUCCAGCAUCACCCGCCGAGAGCUCUACCGAACCUGAACCGAGUUCCACUGAAGCUGAUUCCACAAGUGCAGCAUCACCCGCCGAGAGCUCAACCGAACCUGAACCGAGUUCCACUGAACAGCCAGAGCCAUCUAAUGAAACAGAUUCCACAAGUGCAGCAUCACCCGCCGAGAGCUCUACCGAACCUGAACCGAGUUCCACUGAAGCUGAUUCCACAGCUGCAGCAUCGUCCGCCGAGAGCUCUACCGAACCUGAACUGAGUUCCACAGAGCAGCCUGAGUCAUCUACUGAAGCAGAUUCCACAACUCCAGCAUCACCCGCCGAGAGCUCUACCGAACCUGAACCGAGUUCCACUGAACAGCCAGAGCCAUCUACUGAAGCAGAUUCCACAAGUGCAGCAUCACCCGCCGAGAGCUCAACCGAACCUGAACCGAGUUCCACUGAACAGCCUGAGUCAUCUACUGAAGCAGAUUCCACAACUCCAGCAUCACCCGCCGAGAGCUCUACCGAACCUGAACCGAGUUCCACUGAACAGCCUGAGUCAUCUACUGAAGCAGAUUCCACAACUCCAGCAUCACCCGCCGAGAGCUCUACCGAACCUGAACCGAGUUCCACUGAAGCUGAUUCCACAAGUGCAGCAUCACCCGCCGAGAGCUCAACCGAACCUGAACCGAGUUCCACUGAACAGCCAGAGCCAUCUAAUGAAACAGAUUCCACAAGUGCAGCAUCACCCGCCGAGAGCUCUACCGAACCUGAACCGAGUUCCACUGAAGCUGAUUCCACAACUGCAGCAUCGUCCGCCGAGAGCUCUACCGAACCUGAACUGAGUUCCACAGAGCAGCCUGAGUCAUCUACUGAAGCAGAUUCCACAACUCCAGCAUCACCCGCCGAGAGCUCUAUCGAACCUGAACCGAGUUCCACUGAACAGCCAGAGCCAUCUACUGAAGCAGAUUCCACAAGUGCAGCAUCACCCGCCGAGAGCUCAACCGAACCUGAACCGAGUUCCACUGAACAGCCUGAGUCAUCUACUGAAGCAGAUUCCACAACUCCAGCAUCACCCGCCGAGAGCUCUACCGAACCUGAACCAAGUUCUACAGAUCAGCCUGAGUCAUCAACUGAUUCAGGAUCUACAGCACCAGCAUCGGAAUCCGAGAAUUCAAUGGUAACUAAAACAUCGGCUUCAGAAGAUUCAUAUACUGACGGACAACGUUCAAUAUAUUGGAGUAGCUAAUUCAAUCUACCAGAAUAAAACAGCAGUUGAACUCUUAUUAGAUUUUGACCCUUUUCUAAAUGCAAAUAAUGCAAAUGCAUAUCAUAAAUAUAUAAAAUUUUGAGAAUAAUCUUCGUUUCCAUUGUUUGUUCGUUACUCAUUAUAAAAUUUCAAAAAAUAUGCUAGACUAAAGGUCACUCCAGCAGCUGUUCGCUGAGCUGUAUUUUACACUUGCACAGAAUCGACAGACGGCUGGAAGCAAAGUUUCCAUUCGAUGCUCUACAUGUUCUCUCUAAAGCAUGGGAGAACUCCGUAGUGGAGCUUUCGAUACAUACAAAUAAUCGAGCGUUGACGUGACUAGAAGUGAGCAAAACGGAUCACUUCGUUGAACGGAUCAGUUCUGGGUCCUUUAGUCUGAUGGUCCGGAUUAAACCGUGCGUGCAACUCUUCGCCAACAGCAUCCGCUCGUCGGCUUUAUCAACCCCGUUAUAGAAAAAAUCAACUUAAUUCACCGAGUAGUGAUACUGCCUUUCUCGCGGUUAACCAAGACACCAACCUUAUAUGGUAUUGUAUGCUUUGACGUACCAUUUUCUUCAUAACUUUCACAUGCUCAACCGUUGUUAUCAAAUUCAAUAGUGAUCAACUAGGAUUUACGCCCUGUCGAAUGCAACUUGUUGUGAGGAAAUCGGUUAGGGAUUACUAUUUGAAAAGAUUGCUAAUGUUUUUCUUAUCUUUUGUGUGCACACACAUACACACUGACAGACAGACAUUUGCUGAGUUCAUCAAACUGAGUAAAUUGAUAUUUAUUUAUUUAGUAUUAUUUUACAUUCAUUUGAUCUACAUUGAUCUUAUUGAUAAUAUAACUCUAUGAGUCUCUGAGGCUUUUAUUUAAAAAAAAAUAUUGAGUGAAAUGAUAGUCUUUCGGUACGAGAAAGCCAAUAUAUGUAAGUGUCACCAUUCUUCAGGUUUGCGAAAAGUAAUGCUGAUUUCGAUCCCUCCCAAUUACUAAAUACUGCAUAAUUCAUUGUGUUUGUUCUUACAUCAAAGAAUAUUUCAUCAUUAUAUGAGUAAUUCUAUGACACCAUUUUUAUUACUUUUUCAUUAUAGCCAACCGAACAAUUUGUCUCGCCACUUCCCUGAAGUCGCACUGAGCCUCACCACCUCCCCGUCACCCAUAGCCAAUUGGGUGAUUACGAGAGGAUGUUAUUAUUAAAUAUUAUAAUAGGAGGUUCGAGGGCCAGCCGAAAAGCCGUUAUCGCUAUGCGGUCGGCGGAGGGAGGGUUCGGUGGUACCACAUAUCGAACGGUGGUGUCUGCUCACUUUUGAUGAUGAAGACACUCAAAACAAAUGACCAAAUUUGCAGCCAGUAAAAAUCAUUUUCCAGCCAAUUUUCCAUUUUUCGAUUGGAAGACAUCGCAUCGUUGGCGGCGAUCUGGUGCAUCGAAGAUUACAUAACGAGAAGACUUAUCAAUAUUAGAUUAUUUACAUAUUUAAUAUUCUUUCUCAUGUAUUUCUUAUUAUAUCUUAUAUCUUAUUAUAUA